GCAGUUCAGGUAUUUUUUUUCUUUAAAAUAUUUCAGUUAAAAUGACCCUCACAGCUGCCAGCCAAUCUGCUCCCAAGCAAAAAAUUACUUUCUUCGAGGACUUCGCUCUCGCAGGAGCAGCGGCAGUCAUCUCGAAGACAGCAGCUGCGCCCAUCGAGAGAGUCAAGCUCCUGGUCCAGAAUCAGGAUGAGAUGAUCAAGGCUGGCAGGCUCGCAGAGCCUUACAAGGGUGUGAUUGACUGCGUUAAAAAGACGUACUCGUCAGAAGGUUUCAUCCCUUUCUGGAGAGGAAAUUUGGCUAAUUGCAUUAGAUAUUUCCCAACACAGGCUCUGAACUUUGCAUUCAAAGAUCAGAUCAAGGCUCUGUUCAAACCCAAAAAGUCCGACCCCUACAUGGUUAACUUCAGCAAAAACAUCGCUAGCGGAGGAUGCGCAGGAUCGCUGUCUCUCUGCUUUGUCUACUCUCUAGAUUACUGCCGAACCAGAUUAGCAAAUGAUGCCAAAUCUGCCGGAAAGGGUGGUGAGAGGCAGUUCAACGGCAUGGUAGAUGUGUACAGAAAGACCUUCGCCUCUGACGGAAUCGGAGGUCUGUACCGAGGCUUCGUGAUUUCAUGUGUAGGAAUCUUCGUUUACAGAGGAUUCUACUUCGGAAUGUACGAUACCCUGAAGCCCAUCUUCCUGGGAGAGAAUGCCAACCUGUUCCUGUCAUUCUGUCUGGGAUACGGAGUCACAGUUACUGCCGGACUCAUCUCAUACCCCAUCGAUACCAUCAGAAGGCGAAUGAUGAUGACAUCAGGACAAGCUGUGAAAUACAAGGGAGCCAUCGACUGUGCCAUGGUGAUCAUGAAGAAUGAGGGAUUCAUGUCGAUGAUGAAGGGGGCCGGAGCUAAUAUCCUGCGAGGAGUAGCGGGUGCUGGUGUGUUGGCUGGAUUCGAUAAGUUCAAGCAGGUCUACAUGGUCUGGCGAUUCGGAAACUAGACUAGAGAAGCCUUCCCCGCAUCCACACAAACUGGAAAUAGCACAUCGUUUAUAUCAAUAAUGAAAAUUAACUGAGGACCAUACAGAACUAUGUACAGCAGCUAACAAUAUGAACAUUUUUGAUAGUGUAAACAUAUUGAGUGCGCUUAAUUUCCACUAUGUACCAGACCAGACGGGAUAAAUUCAACUAAACAUGUCUAAAUUCAAUAUACUUACACCAA